AUGGCGAGAACUCUGAGAAACAAACAGGGUUUCCACCUCCUGAAUCGGGCCCUGAACUCACCCACUCCAGCUCAUCGUCUUGGAACCACAACACCUCUGCAAACCCUAGCUUACGAAGAAGUCCAAGCUUCGGCGGAGACAAAGUGUAACUUAACGGCGUUUGUUCUUCAUGGCCUCUUGGGAUCUGGCAGAAAUUGGAAAUCUUUCUCUCGAAAUCUCGUUUCCACUCUCUCCAACUCCUCUCCUUCAUCUGAAUGGAGAAUGGUGCUUGUGGAUUUAAGAAACCAUGGGAGAUCAGCUGGGAUAGAAGGCCUAGAACCACCUCAUGACUUGGUCAAUGCGGCCAAUGAUUUGGCUAAUUUAAUAAAAGCUCGAGGAUGGGCUUGGCCUGAUGUUGUUAUAGGCCACUCCCUGGGUGGUAAGGUUGCGCUUCAGUUUUCAGAGAGUUGUGCUCGUGGCGACUAUGGUGAAUCUAUUGCUUUGCCCAAACAGCUGUGGGUACUGGAUUCCGUGCCUGGUGAGGUGAGCCCUGAAAACAGUGACGCGGAAGUUGAGAAGGUGUUGCUGACGUUACAGGGCUUGCCCUCAUCAAUCCCUUCACGAAAGUGGCUUGUGAGUCAUAUGAUUGAACUUGGGUUCUCGAAGUCAUUGUCAGAAUGGAUAGGCAGUAACCUCAAUAAAUCUGGAGAGCAUGAGACAUGGGCAUUUAAUCUAGAAGGCGCUGUGCAAAUGUUCAAUUCGUACAGGGAGAAGUCUUAUUGGUCUCUUUUGGAGCAUCCACCAAAAGGCAUGGAGAUUUCAAUUGUGCGAGCAGAGAACAGUGACAGGUGGGACUUAGAUGUGAUCCAGCGGCUUGAAAGCCUUGCCAAUCAGGGAGGAGAUGAAUGUGAAGGGAAGGUUUCUGUCCGCGUUCUGCCCAAUUCAGGCCACUGGGUUCACGCGGACAAUCCAAAGGGACUUUUAGAGAUUAUUGCUCCAAAGCUUGCAUCUCUGACAUCUAAUAUCGGUUGAUUUCUUGGAUAUCGGAAAUUGAAAAACUACGAUAUUUAUUGAAUUCAGUAUCAAAGUCUUACCUGUUUACUCAUAAACUAAUAUACUUUAUGUGCUGAAGUUUUAUUGGUUAUUCAAUAAUGGCAUUCUUAAGAAAGAAACAAAAUUGUGGAUGUUGGGAUGAGGCAGUGCUAAUGGUUCUGAAUGUGUUUUAUUUA